UUUCCAUUCUUGCAGUAUCCAUAGACCCCAUAUCCUCCAAUCACAGCCCACCACCUUCAGUCUCUCUCUCUUCGAGAUUUUAGCAAAUGCUAAAAAGCUUAGAUUCAUUCCUUGGAGCUGGGUACCUUGCUUUUGAGCUUGAUAUUAUUGUAGCGUUCUCUCCCUUUCUCAUUUCACUAUAGUGCUUAUAUUUUUUUCUUUUUAUUUCUUCUCUUUUCUUUGUUGCUCUAACCUCAAGGAAAAGGAAGAAAGCAAAGCAGACAGAUCUUUUCGCUGCUUUUUUCACUUCUCUUAACUCUUCAGAGAAUCACUGUUUCUAAGUUGUUUUUCCACCUGGGUUUUCCAUUUCCACCUUUUCUUUUUAAAGCUUUGGCUUCUUUUCUUUCCUUCCUACUCUCGUACAGGUAUAUUUCAAAGAUUGAAGCUUUGGUGUUAAUUUUCACUUUUCACCAUUAAAGCUUUCAUCUUUUCAAAUUCUGUGCUGGUUCUGUUCAGUUUGUUUCUGGGUUUUUACUCUUUUUGCUAAGUUUCCUAGUUUUGCUUCCCAUGGAAGUUUAAAUGGGUAUAGAUCUCAGUAGUGGUUCUAGGGUUCCAUCUUCGAAUAUUGUAAGACUAUUUUAGUUUAGUCUUACUAAUAUUUUCUUUGGUGUUUGGAAAAAGUCGGUCCCUUUCUAGAUUCCUCAAGAGUAUGAUUAUACCACAAUAAAAAGCUAUUCUGAUUCCUCUCUAAUGCUUCCUGAUUUAACACUGAUAUUUUUUUUGUGAAAUCUCCACCUCUCUGCAUUUCCUAUUUAGGUUCUGUUUUCCUCUUUCUCUGUUUCACUCUUACCCAAUUUUUUUUUUCACAAGGGAAUUUCUGAUUCUUUUCAAAUUCUCCAGUAUGUUAUAAUAUUUUUUGUCUCUUAAUUAAUUUGAUCCAAUGAAGUGGGAAAUGGAAGUUCUUUCACCUACAUCAUAUCCAAAUUGGGUUAUGGAAGAGAGCAAAAGCACCAAAUGGACUCCAGCAGAGAACAAGAUUUUUGAAAAUGCCCUGGCAGUUUAUGAUAAGGAUACUCCUGAUAGAUGGCACAGAGUUGCUGCUAUGCUUCCUGGGAAAACUGUAGGAGAUGUGAUGAAGCAGUAUAAAGAAUUAGAAGUUGAUAUUAGUAAUAUAGAGGCAGGUUUAAUUCCAAUUCCUGGAUAUAGUACCACUCCUUUCACAUUGGAUUGGGUUAAUAAUAACACCUAUGAUGGUUACAAACAAUCUUACGCUCUCGGUGGAAAGAGAUCUUCUUCCGGUCGACCGGCUGAUCAGGAGAGAAAGAAAGGAGUUCCAUGGACAGAGGAGGAGCAUAAGCUGUUUCUGAUGGGUUUGAAAAAAUAUGGCAAAGGAGACUGGAGAAACAUAUCAAGAAAUUUUGUAGUAACUAGAACACCAACCCAGGUAGCUAGUCAUGCACAGAAGUAUUUUAUCAGGCAGCUUUCAGGAGGCAAAGAUAAGAGAAGAGCUAGCAUUCAUGAUAUAACAACAGUUAACCUAAAUGAGAUUAGAACUCCUUCUCCGGACAAUAAACGAGCACCUUCACCUGAUCAGUCUAUGGUGCUUUCACAGCAGACAAAUUCUGUUGCCAUGCCUAGAACACAUUUUCAGUGGAAUCAAUCUAAUAGUGGAGCAGCAACAAUGGCUUUCAAUUCUACGCAUGGAAAUAUGUUUAUGUCUUCUUUGCCUUACGGGAUUAACUCAUAUGGACUUAAAAUGCAAGCUCAUAAUAUGCAUAGAGGUGCAGUUCAUGAGCCUUACAUUGGACAUCCUCAAAGUAUAGCUUUUCAAAUGCAAUCUGCACAACAUUACCCUCAUGGAUGAGACUGCAAUUUAUUUAGUUCACUGGUAUAGCUUUGUCUAAGCGGCUCCUCUUUCCCACUUUAACCCUUUCUUUAUCUCUUUUUUCUGGGUAUUUUGUGUAUAUGUCAUCAAGAACUCAAGUUUAGUCCAUAUGUGGUACUUGAACUUGGAGGAUAAAAGAUUCUGUUUGCUUUGGCAUUUCAUUUGUGAAUUAUUAAACUGAGAGGGAAGAUUCUCCAAUCUGGGUUAUGCUUUGUGCUUUUUGUUGAAAAAUCAUUUGUUCAAUGUAGGGAUUGGUGAAGUCUAUCCAAAUGAGAAUGGGCGAACGUAUGUUCAAUGAAUAUUGUUGUUCUAAAAGAGUUUAGAACAUGAUUCUGAAGUGAGACUAGGCUUUACAGUUGCCAUCCUGCCUGCUCCAUUAUCUGAUACCUUAAAGAUGGUUCCUACCUCCAAGAUAAGAUUAGAAGAAUGCAGAAACAGAACUGUAAGGACCAAUAAGCAAACUUAUGGAAUUCUAAGUUCAAGUGGAGAAUAUGAAAUAAAGGAAUCCGGCGCGAUAAGCAUCUUCAUUAUAAGUUGAAAGCUAAUAUGUUUAUACUUUUUUCUACAUGUAGUUUUUGAUGCAUAAAUAGGUUAUGAAUUUUAUGAGCAUAUUAUUAGUAAUAAUACAAUCUGUUAAAUUUAACCA